AUGCCUGCUACGGCUUUCUUAUGCGGUAGCGGUUCCGACGUUUGCAAAGUUUUCUUUGCUGUUCUCCUUCCGCCUCUGGGUGUGUUCCUUGAGCGCGGCUGCCACGCUCAGUUCUGGAUCAACAUUAUCCUUACCUGUCUUGGUUACAUUCCGGGUAUUAUUCAUGCUCUUACCAGUAGUGCCAAAUUCUGA